AUGGGUAUCGUUGCUUCCAAGGGAGAUCACAACACUCCAUUGUUGAAUCUGUGCAAGGAGAGGAAUGAUUUGAUCAGAGCAGCGAGAGAUGCUCGCUACCACUUAUCCAAGUCUCAUCUUCUCUACUUUCGAUCUCUUUUAGAUUUCAGCAACGCACUUAACCAGUUCGUGCAGAAAGAUCUGAUCGUGAUCCCGUAUUCCUCGGAUGAUGAUGAUGAUAGUGAGCUGGUUUGUUCUGGAUCAGAUUCGGAUUCUGAGUCGGAUUCUGAUUCGGAGUCUGAUUGUUUAGUCUGCGAUCAAUCUAAGACAGUUCCAUCGAGCAACAAUAACGAUCAGAAUCAAAGAGAACCCUUGUCUGGAGAUGGAACUUGCGGCUCAAGCAACAAGGGUAUUGAGAAGUCGAGUGAAGAAGUAGGGUUAGGGUUUGUCGAGAAAGAGUCUGUGAGUGCUCCGGUUGAAGCUGUAGUGACGAGAGGCUCCGAGAAUUGUUCUUAUGUUAAUCCGCAGAACGAUUUCUCCGGUUUAGAUUUCCUCGGUUUGUACGAUUUGGCUGAUAACAACCGGUAUGUUUUCACUGAACCUGAUCAGAGAGAUGAAAUCAAUGAGAGUGAAGGAAGGAGAAAAAUUAGGGAGAGAGAAGGGAUUCCUGAUGUUGAACCUGAAACUGAUAGUGAUCAUUGUAGUCUUAUAAGGAAGAAGAAGAAGAAGAAGAAGAAGAAGAAUGUUGAAGAACCUUCUUCAACUGCUAAAGGUAUAGGGGAAGUUGAUAAGAGAGAUGUGAUGUUUAAUGUUGAAGAAAGCUCUUCCAUUGGUAAUCUUGUAGGUGAAGUUGACAAGAGUAAUGUUGAAGCAAGCCCUUUUAAUGGUGAGGCUGAUGAUUCCAGUAAAGCUUCCACGCAAGGGUCUGCAAGAACUCCAGAGAUUGUUGAUGAAGUGAGAAGAUCAGAUGAAGACGCGAAUGAGUCGUCUUCUUCUUCUACAUCUUCUUCUUCUUCAUCUUCUUCUUCUUCUUGUUCGGGGAUGAAUGAUCUAAGGAAAGUAGUGGAGAAGAUCAACUGUAUAUGCGAGGAAGCUGUUGUGAGUAAUAGUGAAGUCUCUAAGUUGCUUGAAGUGAGUAAAGUUGUUCAACAACAACCAUUGGGAUCACAAGUUAAAGGAUUUGCUUCAAGGUUACUUGGUAGCUCGGCUCGUAAACCGCUGCCAAACCGGGGUUUACAGGCAGAUGAUCGCGCUGGUUCGCUCUCCAUGACAUUAGAGAAGCUUUACAUGUGGGAGAAGAAGCUUUACGCGGAAGUUACAGCCGAGGAAAAGCUUAGGUUUCUGUACGACAAAGCGUACAGGAUUCUGAGGAAUCUUGAUCAAACCGGAGCUGAGCCGAGCGAUAUUUACGAGGCGGAAGCUGUGGUUAAACUCCAUUUAUCCAGGAUUAGUGUUUCGGUUAGAGCGGUCGAAUCGGUCUCGAUGAGGAUUCAUAAGAUAAGAGACGAAGAGCUUUCUUCUCAGGUGAUUAGUCUCUUCAAUGGUUUCAAAGAAAUGUGGAGAUUCUUGGCGAAGUGUCACGGUAAGCAGUUUCGAGCGAUCUCGAGAAGCAAGUCUUGCGUUCACAUUGUUGAGAAAGGAUGUAGCUCGAGGAAAGCGACGCACAAGGUAGAAGAGAAGAUUGGAAGUUUCAGAGAAUCUCUUAGAGGCUACAUUGAUGCGCAUAGAGGUUUCGUUAAUCUCUUGAACGAGUGGCUAAACCGAAACAUGAUGGAGGAGGACGACGAGACGAUGAUCGAGGCUCCUCAGAUAUUUAGGGUUUGUAGCGAGUGGUUGAGAGAGAUUGAGAAUGUGGAUGAGGUCAAAGUGUUGCGUGUUGUCGAAGAAUUAGGAUCUAGGUUUCGAGGGUUAGGGUUGAAGCAAGUAGAGGAAGAGAAACAGAGGAUGAGAAGAGAGAGGUUGAGCAAAGAGUUGGAGAGGAAGACGGAGGAAGCGGAGGAGAUUUUCGGGGCGGCGGUUGUUUUUCCGGGGAGUGGCUAUGAACAUGAGGCGGAGAUAAUGGCGGGACCGGAGCUGUUGUCUUUGAGAGAGAGUGUGACGCAAGAAACAGAGAAGCAUGAGAGAAUAAUUAGAGAGUUAAACGACGCCGUAUCGAUGAGUCUGCAAGAGUGUUUGGUUCCUGUCUUUGAGGCCUUGCACGAAUUUGGUGUUGGUAAUUUUAAGGCGUAUCAGAACAUUAGAAUUGUUUCGACAGAAACUCUAUUGUUGGGUCAAUCGUAG